CCGUCUUCGUCGUCUGCGCCGUCCAGCAGCAGCUCUGCGCCGUCCUCGUCGUCCGCGCCGUCCAGCAGCAGCUCUGCGCCGUCCUCGUCGUCCGCGCCGUCCAGCAGCAGCUCUGCGCCGUCCUCGUCGUCCGCGCCGUCCAGCAGCAGCUCUGCGCCGUCCUCGUCGUCUGCGCCGUCCAGCAGCAGCUCUGCGUCGUCUUCGUCGUCUGCGCCGUCCAGCAGCAGCUCCGCGCCAUCCUCGUCGUCUGCGCCGUCCAGCAGCAGCUCCGCGCCGUCCUCGUCGUCCGCGCCGUCCAGCAGCAGCUCUGCGCCGUCCUCGUCGUCCGCGCCGUCCAGCAGCAGCUCUGCGCCGUCCUCGUCGUCUGCGCCGUCCUCGUCGUCCGCGCCGUCCAGCAGCAGCUCUGCGCCGUCCUCGUCGUCUGCGCCGUCCAGCAGCAGCUCUGCGCCGUCCUCGUCGUCUGCGCCGUCCAGCAGCAGCUCUGCGCCGUCCUCGUCGUCUGCGCCGUCCAGCAGCAGCUCUGCGCCGUCCUCGUCGUCCGCGCCGUCCAGCAGCAGCUCUGCGUCGUCUUCGUCGUCUGCGCCGUCCAGCAGCAGCUCUGCGUCGUCUUCGUCGUCUGCGCCGUCCAGCAGCAGCUCUGCGCCAUCCUCGUCGUCCGCGCCGUCCAGCAGCAGCUCCGCGCCGUCCUCGUCGUCUGCGCCGUCCAGCAGCAGCUCUGCGCCAUCCUCGUCGUCUGCGCCGUCCAGCAGCAGCUCUGCGCCGUCUUCGUCGUCUGCGCCGUCCAGCAGCAGCUCUGCGCCGUCUUCGUCGUCUGCGCCGUCCAGCAGCAGCUCCGCGCCGUCCUCGUCGUCUGCGCCGUCCAGCAGCAGCUCUGCGCCGUCCUCGUCGUCUGCGCCGACCAGCAGCAGCUCCGCGCCGUCCUCGUCGUCUGCACCGUCCAGCAGCAGCUCUGCGCCAUCCUCGUCGUCCGCGCCGUCCAGCAGCAGCUCCGCGCCGUCCUCGUCGUCUGCGCCGUCCAGCAGCAGCUCUGCGCCGUCUUCGUCGUCUGCGCCGUCCAGCAGCAGCUCCGCGCCGUCCUCGUCGUCCGCGCCGUCCAGCAGCAGCUCAGCGUCGUCCUCGUCGUCUGCACCGUCCAGCAGCAGCUCUGCGCCGUCCUCGUCGUCUGCGCCGUCCAGCAGCAGCUCUGCGUCGUCUUCGUCGUCUGCGCCGUCCAGCAGCAGCUCCGCGCCAUCCUCGUCGUCCGCGCCGUCCAGCAGCAGCUCCGCGCCGUCCUCGUCGUCUGCGCCGUCCAGCAGCAGCUCUGCGCCGUCUUCGUCGUCUGCGCCGUCCAGCAGCAGCUCCGCGCCGUCCUCGUCGUCCGCGCCGUCCAGCAGCAGCUCCGCGUCGUCCUCGUCGUCUGCACCGUCCAGCAGCAGCUCUGCGCCGUCCUCGUCGUCUGCGCCGUCCAGCAGCAGCUCUGCGCCGUCUUCGUCGUCUGCGCCGUCCAGCAGCAGCUCUGCGCCGUCUUCGUCGUCCGCGCCGUCCAGCAGCAGCUCUGCGCCGUCCUCGUCGUCCGCGCCGUCCAGCAGCAGCUCAGCGUCGUCCUCGUCGUCCGCACCGUCCAGCAGCAGCUCUGCGCCGUCCUCGUCGUCUGCGCCGUCCAGCAGCAGCUCUGAGCCGUCCUCGUCGUCCGCGCCGUCCAGCAGCAGCUCCGCGCCGUCCUCGUCGUCCGCACCGUCCAGCAGCAGCUCCGCGCCGUCCUCGUCGUCUGCGCCGUCCAGCAGCAGCUCUGCGCCGUCUUCGUCGUCCGCGCCGUCCAGCAGCAGCUCUGCGCCGUCUUCGUCGUCUGCGCCGUCCAGCAGCAGCUCCGCGCCGUCCUCGUCGUCCGCGCCGUCCAGCAGCAGCUCUGCGCCGUCUUCGUCGUCUGCGCCGUCCAGCAGCAGCUCCGCGCCGUCCUCGUCGUCCGCACCGUCCAGCAGCAGCUCUGCGCCGUCCUCGUCGUCUGCGCCGUCCAGCAGCAGCUCCGCGCCGUCCUCGUCGUCCGCGCCGUCCAGCAGCAGCUCUGCGCCGUCUUCGUCGUCUGCGCCGUCCAGCAGCAGCUCCGCGCCGUCCUCGUCGUCCGCACCGUCCAGCAGCAGCUCUGCGCCGUCCUCGUCGUCUGCGCCGUCCAGCAGCAGCUCUGCGCCGUCUUCGUCGUCUGCGCCGUCCAGCAGCAGCUCCGCGCCGUCCUCGUCGUCUGCGCCGUCCAGCAGCAGCUCCGCGCCGUCCUCGUCGUCCGCGCCGUCCAGCAGCAGCUCUGCGCCGUCCUCGUCGUCUGCGCCGUCCAGCAGCAGCUCCGCGCCGUCCUCGUCGUCUGCACCGUCCAGCAGCAGCUCCGCGCCGUCCUCGUCGUCUGCGCCGUCCAGCAGCAGCUCUGCGCCGUCUUCGUCGUCUGCGCCGUCCAGCAGCAGCUCCGCGCCGUCCUCGUCGUCUGCGCCGUCCAGCAGCAGCUCCGCGCCGUCCUCGUCGUCUGCACCGUCCAGCAGCAGCUCUGCGCCGUCCUCGUCGUCUGCGCCGUCCAGCAGCAGCUCCGCGCCGUCUUCGUCGUCUGCGCCGUCCAGCAGCAGCUCUGCGCCGUCUUCGUCGUCUGCGCCGUCCAGCAGCAGCUCCGCGCCGUCCUCGUCGUCUGCACCGUCCAGCAGCAGCUCUGCGCCGUCUUCGUCGUCUGCGCCGUCCAGCAGCAGCUCUGCGCCGUCCUCGUCGUCUGCACCGUCCAGCAGCAGCUCUGCGCCGUCCUCGUCGUCUGCACCGUCCAGCAGCAGCUCUGCGCCGUCUUCGUCGUCUGCGCCGUCCAGCAGCAGCUCCGCGCCGUCUUCGUCGUCUGCGCCGUCCAGCAGCAGCUCUGCGCCGUCUUCGUCGUCUGCGCCGUCCAGCAGCAGCUCCGCGCCGUCCUCGUCGUCUGCACCGUCCAGCAGCAGCUCUGCGCCGUCCUCGUCGUCUGCGCCGUCCAGCAGCAGCUCCGCGCCGUCUUCGUCGUCUGCGCCGUCCAGCAGCAGCUCUGCGCCGUCCUCGUCGUCUGCACCGUCCAGCAGCAGCUCUGCGCCGUCCUCGUCGUCUGCGCCGUCCAGCAGCAGCUCCGCGCCGUCCUCGUCGUCUGCACCGUCCAGCAGCAGCUCUGCGCCGUCCUCGUCGUCUGCACCGUCCAGCAGCAGCUCUGCGCCGUCCUCGUCGUCUGCGCCGUCCAGCAGCAGCUCUGCGCCGUCCUCGUCGUCUGCACCGUCCAGCAGCAGCUCUGCGCCGUCCUCGUCGUCUGCGCCGUCCAGCAGCAGCUCCGCGCCGUCCUCGUCGUCUGCGCCGUCCAGCAGCAGCUCCGCGCCGUCUUCGUCGUCUGCGCCGUCCAGCAGCAGCUCCGCGCCGUCCUCGUCGUCUGCGCCGUCCAGCAGCAGCUCUGCGCCGUCUUCGUCGUCCGCGCCGUCCAGCAGCAGCUCUGCGCCGUCCUCGUCGUCUGCGCCGUCCAGCAGCAGCUCUGCGCCGUCCUCGUCGUCUGCGCCGUCCAGCAGCAGCUCCGCGCCGUCCUCGUCGUCUGCACCGUCCAGCAGCAGCUCUGCGCCGUCCUCGUCGUCUGCGCCGUCCAGCAGCAGCUCUGCGCCGUCUUCGUCGUCUGCGCCGUCCAGCAGCAGCUCUGCGCCGUCCUCGUCGUCUGCACCGUCCAGCAGCAGCUCUGCGCCGUCCUCGUCGUCUGCACCGUCCAGCAGCAGCUCCGCGCCGUCCUCGUCGUCUGCACCGUCCAGCAGCAGCUCUGCGCCGUCCUCGUCGUCUGCGCCGUCCAGCAGCAGCUCCGCGCCGUCUUCGUCGUCUGCGCCGUCCAGCAGCAGCUCUGCGCCGUCUUCGUCGUCUGCGCCGUCCAGCAGCAGCUCUGCGCCGUCCUCGUCGUCUGCACCGUCCAGCAGCAGCUCCGCGCCGUCUUCGUCGUCUGCGCCGUCCAGCAGCAGCUCUGCGCCGUCCUCGUCGUCUGCACCGUCCAGCAGCAGCUCUGCGCCGUCCUCGUCGUCUGCGCCGUCCAGCAGCAGCUCCGCGCCGUCCUCGUCGUCUGCGCCGUCCAGCAGCAGCUCCGCGCCGUCUUCGUCGUCUGCGCCGUCCAGCAGCAGCUCUGCGCCGUCCUCGUCGUCUGCACCGUCCAGCAGCAGCUCUGCGCCGUCCUCGUCGUCUGCGCCGUCCAGCAGCAGCUCCGCGCCGUCUUCGUCGUCUGCGCCGUCCAGCAGCAGCUCUGCGCCGUCUUCGUCGUCCGCGCCGUCCAGCAGCAGCUCUGCGCCGUCCUCGUCGUCUGCGCCGUCCAGCAGCAGCUCCGCGCCGUCCUCGUCGUCUGCGCCGUCCAGCAGCAGCUCCGCGCCGUCCUCGUCGUCUGCGCCGUCCAGCAGCAGCUCCGCGCCGUCUUCGUCGUCUGCGCCGUCCAGCAGCAGCUCUGCGCCGUCCUCGUCGUCUGCACCGUCCAGCAGCAGCUCUGCGCCGUCUUCGUCGUCUGCGCCGUCCAGCAGCAGCUCUGCGCCGUCCUCGUCGUCUGCGCCGUCCAGCAGCAGCUCCGCGCCGUCCUCGUCGUCUGCGCCGUCCAGCAGCAGCUCCGCGCCGUCUUCGUCGUCUGCGCCGUCCAGCAGCAGCUCUGCGCCGUCCUCGUCGUCUGCACCGUCCAGCAGCAGCUCUGCGCCGUCCUCGUCGUCUGCGCCGUCCAGCAGCAGCUCUGCGCCGUCUUCGUCGUCUGCGCCGUCCAGCAGCAGCUCCGCGCCGUCCUCGUCGUCUGCACCGUCCAGCAGCAGCUCUGCGCCGUCCUCGUCGUCUGCACCGUCCAGCAGCAGCUCUGCGCCGUCCUCGUCGUCUGCGCCGUCCAGCAGCAGCUCCGCGCCGUCUUCGUCGUCUGCGCCGUCCAGCAGCAGCUCUGCGCCGUCUUCGUCGUCUGCGCCGUCCAGCAGCAGCUCUGCGCCGUCCUCGUCGUCUGCACCGUCCAGCAGCAGCUCCGCGCCGUCCUCGUCGUCUGCACCGUCCAGCAGCAGCUCUGCGCCGUCCUCGUCGUCUGCACCGUCCAGCAGCAGCUCUGCGCCGUCCUCGUCGUCUGCGCCGUCCAGCAGCAGCUCCGCGCCCUCUUCGUCGUCUGCGCCGUCCAGCAGCAGCUCUGCGCCGUCUUCGUCGUCUGCGCCGUCCAGCAGCAGCUCUGCGCCGUCCUCGUCGUCUGCACCGUCCAGCAGCAGCUCUGCGCCGUCCUCGUCGUCUGCGCCGUCCAGCAGCAGCUCCGCGCCGUCCUCGUCGUCUGCACCGUCCAGCAGCAGCUCUGCGCCGUCCUCGUCGUCUGCGCCGUCCAGCAGCAGCUCCGCGCCGUCUUCGUCGUCUGCGCCGUCCAGCAGCAGCUCUGCGCCGUCUUCGUCGUCUGCGCCGUCCAGCAGCAGCUCUGCGCCGUCCUCGUCGUCUGCACCGUCCAGCAGCAGCUCUGCGCCGUCCUCGUCGUCUGCACCGUCCAGCAGCAGCUCUGCGCCGUCCUCGUCGUCUGCACCGUCCAGCAGCAGCUCUGCGCCGUCCUCGUCGUCUGCGCCGUCCAGCAGCAGCUCCGCGCCGUCUUCGUCGUCUGCGCCGUCCAGCAGCAGCUCUGCGCCGUCUUCGUCGUCUGCGCCGUCCAGCAGCAGCUCUGCGCCGUCCUCGUCGUCUGCACCGUCCAGCAGCAGCUCCGCGCCGUCCUCGUCGUCUGCACCGUCCAGCAGCAGCUCUGCGCCGUCCUCGUCGUCUGCACCGUCCAGCAGCAGCUCUGCGCCGUCCUCGUCGUCUGCACCGUCCAGCAGCAGCUCCGCGCCGUCCUCGUCGUCUGCACCGUCCAGCAGCAGCUCUGCGCCGUCCAGCAGCAGCUCUGCGCCGUCCUCGUCGUCUGCGCCGUCCAGCAGCAGCUCUGCGCCGUCCUCGUCGUCUGCACCGUCCAGCAGCAGCUCUGCGCCGUCCUGGUCGUCUGCGCCGUCCUCGUCUUCUGCACCGUCCAGCAGCAGCUCUGCGCCGUCCUCGUCGUCCGCGCCGUCCAGCAGCAGCUCUGCGCCGUCUUCGUCGUCUGCGCCGUCCAGCAGCAGCUCCGCGCCGUCCUCGUCGUCCGCACCGUCCAGCAGCAGCUCUGCGCCGUCCUCGUCGUCUGCGCCGUCCAGCAGCAGCUCUGCGCCGUCUUCGUCGUCUGCGCCGUCCAGCAGCAGCUCCGCGCCGUCCUCGUCGUCUGCGCCGUCCAGCAGCAGCUCCGCGCCGUCCUCGUCGUCCGCGCCGUCCAGCAGCAGCUCCGCGCCGUCCUCGUCGUCUGCGCCGUCCAGCAGCAGCUCUGCGCCGUCUUCGUCGUCUGCGCCGUCCAGCAGCAGCUCUGCGCCGUCUUCGUCGUCCGCACCGUCCAGCAGCAGCUCUGCGCCGUCCUCGUCGUCUGCGCCGUCCAGCAGCAGCUCUGCGCCGUCUUCGUCGUCUGCGCCGUCCAGCAGCAGCUCCGCGCCGUCCUCGUCGUCCGCACCGUCCAGCAGCAGCUCUGCGCCGCCCUCGUCGUCCGCGCCGUCCAGCAGCAGCUCUGCGCCGUCUUCGUCGUCUGCGCUGUCCAGCAGCAGCUCCGCGCCGUCCUCGUCGUCCGCGCCGUCCAGCAGCAGCUCUGCGCCGUCUUCGUCGUCCGCGCCGUCCAGCAGCAGCUCUGCGCCGUCUUCGUCGUCCGCGCCGUCCAGCAGCAGCUCCGCGCCGUCCUCGUCGUCUGCGCCGUCCAGCAGCAGCUCCGCGCCGUCCUCGUCGUCUGCACCGUCCAGCAGCAGCUCUGCGCCGUCCUCGUCGUCCGCGCUGUCCAGCAGCAGUUCUGCGCCGUCUUCGUCGUCCGCGCCGUCCAGCAGCAGCUCUGCGCCGUCCUCGUCGUCCGCGCCGUCCAGCAGCAGCUCCGCGCCGUCCUCGUCGUCCGCGCCGUCCAGCAGCAGCUCCGCGCCGUCCUCGUCGUCUGCGCCGUCCAGCAGCAGCUCUGCGCCGUCCUCGUCGUCUGCACCGUCCAGCAGCAGCUCCGCGCCGUCCUCGUCGUCUGCACCGUCCAGCAGCAGCUCUGCGCCGUCCUCGUCGUCCGCUCCGUCCAGCAGCAGCUCCGCGCCGUCCUCGUCGUCCGCGCCGUCCAGCAGCAGCUCCGCGCCGUCCUCGUCGUCCGCGCCGUCCAGCAGCAGCUCCGCGCCGUCUUCGUCGUCCGCGCCGUCCAGCAGCAGCUCCGCGCCGUCCUCGUCGUCUGCGCCGUCCAGCAGCAGCUCUGCGCCGUCCUCGUCGUCCGCGCCGUCCAGCAGCAGCUCCGCGCCGUCCUCGUCGUCCGCGCCGUCCAGCAGCAGCUCCGCGCCGUCCUCGUCGUCCGCGCCGUCCAGCAGCAGCUCCGCGCCGUCCUCGUCGUCCGCGCCGUCCAGCAGCAGCUCUGCGCCGUCCUCGUCGUCUGCGCCGUCCAGCAGCAGCUCUGCGCCGUCCUCGUCGUCCGCGCCGUCCAGCAGCAGCUCUGCGCCGUCUUCGUCGUCCGCGCCGUCCAGCAGCAGCUCUGCGCCGUCCUCGUCGUCCGCGCCGUCCAGCAGCAGCUCCGCGCCGUCCUCGUCGUCCGCGCCGUCCAGCAGCAGCUCUGCGCCGUCCUCGUCGUCCGCGCCGUCCAGCAGCAGCUCUGCGCCGUCCUCGUCGUCCGCGCCGUCCAGCAGCAGCUCCGCGCCGUCCUCGUCGUCUGCGCCGUCCAGCAGCAGCUCUGCGCCGUCCUCGUCGUCCGCGCCGUCCAGCAGCAGCUCUGCGCCGUCUUCGUCGUCCGCGCCGUCCAGCAGCAGCUCUGCGCCGUCCUCGUCGUCCGCGCCGUCCAGCAGCAGCUCUGCGCCGUCCUCGUCGUCCGCGCCGUCCAGCAGCAGCUCUGCGCCGUCCUCGUCGUCCGCGCCGUCCAGCAGCAGCUCUGCGCCGUCCUCGUCGUCCGCGCCGUCCAGCAGCAGCUCUGCGCCGUCCUCGUCGUCCGCGCCGUCCAGCAGCAGCUCUGCGCCGUCUUCGUCGUCUGCGCCGUCCAGCAGCAGCUCCGCGCCGUCCUCGUCGUCUGCGCCGUCCAGCAGCAGCUCUGCGCCGUCCUCGUCGUCCGCGCCGUCCAGCAGCAGCUCUGCGCCGUCCUCGUCGUCCGCGCCGUCCAGCAGCAGCUCUGCGCCGUCCUCGUCGUCCGCGCCGUCCAGCAGCAGCUCUGCGCCGUCCUCGUCGUCUGCGCCGUCCAGCAGCAGCUCUGCGCCAUCCUCGUCGUCCGCGCCGUCCAGCAGCAGCUCCGCGCCGUCCUCGUCGUCUGCGCCGUCCAGCAGCAGCUCUGCGCCGUCCUCGUCGUCCGCGCCGUCCAGCAGCAGCUCCGCGCCGUCCUCGUCGUCUGCGCCGUCCAGCAGCAGCUCCGCGCCGUCCUCGUCGUCCGCGCCGUCCAGCAGCAGCUCUGCGCCGUCCUCGUCGUCUGCGCCGUCCAGCAGCAGCUCUGCGCCGUCCUCGUCGUCCGCGCCGUCCAGCAGCAGCUCUGCUCCGUCCUCGUCGUCUGCACCGUCCAGCAGCAGCUCUGCGCCGUCUUCGUCGUCUGCGCCGUCCAGCAGCAGCUCUGCGCCGUCCUCGUCGUCCGCGCCGUCCAGCAGCAGCUCCGCGCCGUCCUCGUCGUCUGCGCCGUCCAGCAGCAGCUCUGCGCCGUCCUCGUCGUCUGCGCCGUCCAGCAGCAGCUCUGCGCCGUCCUCGUCGUCCGCGCCGUCCAGCAGCAGCUCUGCGCCGUCCUCGUCGUCCGCGCCGUCCAGCAGCAGCUCCGCGCCGUCCUCGUCGUCCGCGCCGUCCAGCAGCAGCUCUGCGCCGUCCUCGUCGUCCGCGCCGUCCAGCAGCAGCUCCGCGCCGUCCUCGUCGUCUGCGCCGUCCAGCAGCAGCUCUGCGCCGUCCUCGUCGUCCGCGCCGUCCAGCAGCAGCUCCGCGCCGUCCUCGUCGUCUGCGCCGUCCAGCAGCAGCUCUGCGCCGUCCUCGUCGUCCGCGCCGUCCAGCAGCAGCUCUGCGCCGUCCUCGUCGUCCGCGCCGUCCAGCAGCAGCUCCGCGCCGUCCUCGUCGUCCGCGCCGUCCAGCAGCAGCUCUGCGCCGUCCUCGUCGUCCGCGCCGUCCAGCAGCAGCUCCGCGCCGUCCUCGUCGUCCGCGCCGUCCAGCAGCAGCUCUGCGCCGUCCUCGUCGUCUGCGCCGUCCAGCAGCAGCUCUGCGCCGUCCUCGUCGUCCGCGCCGUCCAGCAGCAGCUCUGCGCCGUCCUCGUCGUCCGCGCCGUCCAGCAGCAGCUCCGCGCCGUCCUCGUCGUCCGCGCCGUCCAGCAGCAGCUCUGCGCCGUCCUCGUCGUCUGCGCCGUCCAGCAGCAGCUCUGCGCCGUCCUCGUCGUCCGCGCCGUCCAGCAGCAGCUCUGCGCCGUCCUCGUCGUCUGCGCCGUCCAGCAGCAGCUCCGCACCGUCCUCGUCGUCUGCGCCGUCCAGCAGCAGCUCCGCACCGUCCUCGUCGUCUGCGCCGUCCAGCAGCAGCUCCGCACCGUCCUCGUCGUCCGCGCCGUCCAGCAGCAGCUCUGCGCCGUCCUCGUCGUCCGCGCCGUCCAGCAGCAGCUCUGCGCCGUCCUCGUCGUCCGCGCCGUCCAGCAGCAGCUCUGCGCCGUCUUCGUCGUCCGCACCGUCCAGCAGCAGCUCUGCGCCGUCCUCGUCGUCCGCGCCGUCCAGCAGCAGCUCUGCGCCGUCCUCGUCGUCCGCGCCGUCCAGCAGCAGCUCUGCUCCGUCCUCGUCGUCUGCACCGUCCAGCAGCAGCUCCGCGCCGUCCUCGUCGUCUGCGCCGUCCAGCAGCAGCUCUGCUCCGUCCUCGUCGUCCGCGCCGUCCAGCAGCAGCUCUGCGCCGUCCUCGUCGUCCGCGCCGUCCAGCAGCAGCUCCGCGCCGUCCUCGUCGUCCGCGCCGUCCAGCAGCAGCUCUGCGCCGUCCUCGUCGUCCGCGCCGUCCAGCAGCAGCUCCGCACCGUCCUCGUCGUCUGCGCCGUCCAGCAGCAGCUCCGCACCGUCCUCGUCGUCCGCGCCGUCCAGCAGCAGCUCCGCGCCGUCCUCGUCGUCUGCGCCGUCCAGCAGCAGCUCCGCGCCGUCCUCGUCGUCUGCGCCGUCCAGCAGCAGCUCUGCUCCGUCCUCGUCGUCCGCGCCGUCCAGCAGCAGCUCUGCGCCGUCCUCGUCGUCCGCGCCGUCCAGCAGCAGCUCCGCGCCGUCCUCGUCGUCUGCCCCGUCCUCGUCGUCCGCGCCGUCCUCGUCGUCCGCGCCGUCCAGCAGCAGCUCUGCGCCGUCCUCGUCGUCCGCGCCGUCCAGCAGCAGCUCUGCGCCGUCCUCGUCGUCCGCGCCGUCCAGCAGCAGCUCCGCGCCGUCCUCGUCGUCCGCGCCGUCCAGCAGCAGCUCCGCUCCGUCCUCGUCGUCUGCACCGUCCAGCAGCAGCUCUGCGCCGUCCUCGUCGUCUGCGCCGUCCAGCAGCAGCUCUGCGCCGUCCUCGUCGUCCGCGCCGUCCAGCAGCAGCUCUGCGCCGUCCUCGUCGUCCGCGCCGUCCAGCAGCAGCUCUGCGCCGUCUUCGUCGUCCGCGCCGUCCAGCAGCAGCUCUGCGCCGUCAUCGUCGUCCGCGCCGUCCAGCAGCAGCUCUGCGCCGUCCUCGUCGUCCGCGCCGUCCAGCAGCAGCUCUGCGCCGUCCUCGUCGUCCGCGCUAUCCAGCAGCAGCUCUGCGCCGUCCUCGUCGUCCGCGCCGUCCAGCAGCAGCUCUGCGCCGUCUUCGUCGUCUGCGCCGUCCAGCAGCAGCUCUGCGCCGUCCUCGUCGUCCGCGCCGUCCAGCAGCAGCUCCGCGCCGUCCUCGUCGUCCGCGCCGUCCAGCAGCAGCUCUGCGCCGUCCUCGUCGUCUGCGCCGUCCAGCAGCAGCUCUGCGCCGUCCUCGUCGUCCGCGCCGUCCAGCAGCAGCUCCGCGCCGUCCUCGUCGUCCGCGCCGUCCAGCAGCAGCUCCGCGCCGUCCUCGUCGUCCGCGCCGUCCAGCAGCAGCUCCGCGCCGUCCUCGUCGUCCGCGCCGUCCAGCAGCAGCUCUGCGCCGUCCUCGUCGUCUGCGCCGUCCAGCAGCAGCUCUGCGCCGUCCUCGUCGUCCGCGCCGUCCAGCAGCAGCUCUGCGCCGUCCUCGUCGUCCGCGCCGUCCAGCAGCAGCUCUGCGCCGUCCUCGUCGUCUGCGCCGUCCAGCAGCAGCUCUGCGCCGUCCUCGUCGUCCGCGCCGUCCAGCAGCAGCUCCGCGCCGUCCUCGUCGUCCGCGCCGUCCAGCAGCAGCUCUGCGCCGUCCUCGUCGUCCGCGCCGUCCAGCAGCAGCUCCGCGCCGUCCUCGUCGUCCGCGCCGUCCAGCAGCAGCUCUGCGCCGUCCUCGUCGUCUGCGCCGUCCAGCAGCAGCUCUGCGCCGUCCUCGUCGUCCGCGCCGUCCAGCAGCAGCUCUGCGCCGUCUUCGUCGUCUGCGCCGUCCAGCAGCAGCUCUGCGCCGUCUUCGUCGUCCGCGCCGUCCAGCAGCAGCUCCGCGCCGUCCUCGUCGUCUGCGCCGUCCAGCAGCAGCUCUGCGCCGUCCUCGUCGUCUGCGCCGUCCAGCAGCAGCUCUGCGCCGUCCUCGUCGUCUGCGCCGUCCAGCAGCAGCUCUGCGCCGUCCUCGUCGUCCGCGCCGUCCAGCAGCAGCUCUGCGCCGUCUUCGUCGUCCGCACCGUCCAGCAGCAGCUCUGCGCCGUCCUCGUCGUCCGCGCCGUCCAGCAGCAGCUCUGCGCCGUCCUCGUCGUCCGCGCCGUCCAGCAGCAGCUCUGCGCCGUCCUCGUCGUCUGCGCCGUCCAGCAGCAGCUCUGCGUCGUCUUCGUCGUCUGCGCCGUCCAGCAGCAGCUCUGCGCCGUCCUCGUCGUCCGCGCCGUCCAGCAGCAGCUCUGCGCCGUCCUCGUCGUCCGCGCCGUCCAGCAGCAGCUCUGCGCCGUCCUCGUCGUCUGCGCCGUCCAGCAGCAGCUCUGCGUCGUCCUCGUCGUCCGCGCCGUCCAGCAGCAGCUCUGCGCCGUCCUCGUCGUCCGCGCCGUCCAGCAGCAGCUCUGCGCCGUCCUCGUCGUCCGCGCCGUCCAGCAGCAGCUCUGCGCCGUCCUCGUCGUCUGCGCCGUCCAGCAGCAGCUCUGCGUCGUCUUCGUCGUCUGCGCCGUCCAGCAGCAGCUCCGCGCCAUCCUCGUCGUCCGCGCCGUCCAGCAGCAGCUCCGCGCCGUCCUCGUCGUCUGCGCCGUCCAGCAGCAGCUCCGCGCCGUCCUCGUCGUCUGCGCCGUCCAGCAGCAGCUCUGCGCCGUCCUCGUCGUCUGCGCCGUCCAGCAGCAGCUCUGCGCCGUCCUCGUCGUCCGCGCCGUCCAGCAGCAGCUCUGCGUCGUCUUCGUCGUCUGCGCCGUCCAGCAGCAGCUCUGCGCCGUCCUCGUCGUCCGCGCCGUCCAGCAGCAGCUCUGCGCCGUCCUCGUCGUCUGCGCCGUCCAGCAGCAGCUCUGCGUCGUCUUCGUCGUCUGCGCCGUCCAGCAGCAGCUCUGCGCCGUCCUCGUCGUCCGCGCCGUCCAGCAGCAGCUCUGCGCCGUCCUCGUCGUCCGCGCCGUCCAGCAGCAGCUCUGCGCCGUCCUCGUCGUCUGCGCCGUCCAGCAGCAGCUCUGCGUCGUCUUCGUCGUCUGCGCCGUCCAGCAGCAGCUCCGCGCCAUCCUCGUCGUCCGCGCCGUCCAGCAGCAGCUCCGCGCCGUCCUCGUCGUCUGCGCCGUCCAGCAGCAGCUCCGCGCCGUCCUCGUCGUCUGCGCCGUCCAGCAGCAGCUCUGCGCCGUCCUCGUCGUCUGCGCCGUCCAGCAGCAGCUCUGCGCCGUCCUCGUCGUCCGCGCCGUCCAGCAGCAGCUCUGCGCCGUCCUCGUCGUCCGCGCCGUCCAGCAGCAGCUCUGCGCCGUCCUCGUCGUCUGCGCCGUCCAGCAGCAGCUCUGCGUCGUCUUCGUCGUCUGCGCCGUCCAGCAGCAGCUCUGCGCCGUCCUCGUCGUCCGCGCCGUCCAGCAGCAGCUCUGCGCCGUCCUCGUCGUCCGCGCCGUCCAGCAGCAGCUCUGCGCCGUCCUCGUCGUCUGCGCCGUCCAGCAGCAGCUCUGCGUCGUCUUCGUCGUCUGCGCCGUCCAGCAGCAGCUCCGCGCCAUCCUCGUCGUCUGCGCCGUCCAGCAGCAGCUCCGCGCCGUCCUCGUCGUCCGCGCCGUCCAGCAGCAGCUCUGCGUCGUCCUCGUCGUCUGCGCCGUCCAGCAGCAGCUCUGCGCCGUCCUCGUCGUCCGCGCCGUCCAGCAGCAGCUCUGCGCCGUCCUCGUCGUCUGCGCCGUCCAGCAGCAGCUCCGCGCCGUCCUCGUCGUCCGCGCCGUCCAGCAGCAGCUCUGCGCCGUCCUCGUCGUCCGCGCCGUCCAGCAGCAGCUCUGCGCCGUCCUCGUCGUCUGCGCCGUCCAGCAGCAGCUCUGCGUCGUCCUCGUCGUCCGCGCCGUCCAGCAGCAGCUCUGCGCCGUCCUCGUCGUCCGCGCCGUCCAGCAGCAGCUCUGCGCCGUCCUCGUCGUCCGCGCCGUCCAGCAGCAGCUCUGCGUCGUCCUCGUCGUCUGCGCCGUCCAGCAGCAGCUCUGCGCCGUCCUCGUCGUCCGCGCCGUCCAGCAGCAGCUCUGCGCCGUCCUCGUCGUCCGCGCCGUCCAGCAGCAGCUCUGCGCCGUCCUCGUCGUCUGCGCCGUCCAGCAGCAGCUCUGCGUCGUCCUCGUCGUCCGCGCCGUCCAGCAGCAGCUCUGCGCCGUCCUCGUCGUCCGCGCCGUCCAGCAGCAGCUCUGCGCCGUCCUCGUCGUCCGCGCCGUCCAGCAGCAGCUCUGCGCCGUCCUCGUCGUCCGCGCCGUCCAGCAGCAGCUCUGCGCCGUCCUCGUCGUCUGCGCCGUCCAGCAGCAGCUCUGCGUCGUCCUCGUCGUCUGCGCCGUCCAGCAGCAGCUCUGCGCCGUCCUCGUCGUCCGCGCCGUCCAGCAGCAGCUCUGCGCCGUCCUCGUCGUCUGCGCCGUCCAGCAGCAGCUCCGCGCCGUCCUCGUCGUCCGCGCCGUCCAGCAGCAGCUCUGCGCCGUCCUCGUCGUCCGCGCCGUCCAGCAGCAGCUCUGCGCCGUCCUCGUCGUCUGCGCCGUCCAGCAGCAGCUCUGCGCCGUCCUCGUCGUCCGCGCCGUCCAGCAGCAGCUCUGCGUCGUCCUCGUCGUCUGCACCGUCCAGCAGCAGCUCUGCGCCGUCCUCGUCGUCCGCGCCGUCCAGCAGCAGCUCUGCGCCGUCCUCGUCGUCCGCGCCGUCCAGCAGCAGCUCUGCGCCGUCCUCGUCGUCCGCGCCGUCCAGCAGCAGCUCUGCGCCGUCCUCGUCGUCCGCGCCGUCCAGCAGCAGCUCUGCGCCGUCCUCGUCGUCUGCACCGUCCAGCAGCAGCUCUGCGCCGUCCUCGUCGUCUGCGCCGUCCAGCAGCAGCUCUGCGCCGUCCUCGUCGUCUGCGCCGUCCAGCAGCAGCUCCGCGCCGUCCUCGUCGUCUGCACCGUCCAGCAGCAGCUCUGCGCCGUCCUCGUCGUCUGCGCCGUCCAGCAGCAGCUCUGCGCCGUCCUCGUCGUCUGCGCCGUCCAGCAGCAGCUCCGCGCCGUCUUCGUCGUCUGCGCCGUCCAGCAGCAGCUCCGCGCCGUCCUCGUCGUCUGCGCCGUCCAGCAGCAGCUCUGCGCCGUCCUCGUCGUCUGCGCCGUCCAGCAGCAGCUCUGCGCCGUCCUCGUCGUCCGCGCCGUCCAGCAGCAGCUCCGCGCCGUCUUCGUCGUCUGCGCCGUCCAGCAGCAGCUCCGCGCCGUCCUCGUCGUCUGCACCGUCCAGCAGCAGCUCUGCGCCGUCCUCGUCGUCUGCGCCGUCCAGCAGCAGCUCUGCGCCGUCCUCGUCGUCUGCGCCGUCCAGCAGCAGCUCCGCGCCGUCCUCGUCGUCUGCGCCGUCCAGCAGCAGCUCUGCGCCGUCCUCGUCGUCUGCACCGUCCAGCAGCAGCUCUGCGCCGUCCUCGUCGUCUGCGCCGUCCAGCAGCAGCUCCGCGCCGUCUUCGUCGUCUGCGCCGUCCAGCAGCAGCUCUGCGCCGUCUUCGUCGUCUGCGCCGUCCAGCAGCAGCUCUGCGCCGUCUUCGUCGUCUGCGCCGUCUUCGUCGUCUGCGCCGUCCAGCAGCAGCUCUGCGCCGUCCUCGUCGUCUGCACCGUCCAGCAGCAGCUCUGCGCCGUCCUCGUCGUCUGCGCCGUCCAGCAGCAGCUCUGCGCCGUCUUCUUCGUUCGCGCCGUCCAGCAGCAGCUCCGCGCCGUCCUCGUCGUCUGCGCCGUCCAGCAGCAGCUCCGCGCCGUCCUCGUCGUCUGCACCGUCCAGCAGCAGCUCUGCGCCGUCCUCGUCGUCUGCGCCGUCCAGCAGCAGCUCUGCGCCGUCCUCGUCGUCUGCGCCGUCCAGCAGCAGCUCUGCGCCGUCCUCGUCGUCUGCGCCGUCCAGCAGCAGCUCUGCGCCGUCCUCGUCGUCUGCGCCGUCCAGCAGCAGCUCCGCGCCGUCCUCGUCGUCUGCACCGUCCAGCAGCAGCUCUGCGCCGUCUUCGUCGUCUGCGCCGUCCAGCAGCAGCUCCGCGCCGUCCUCGUCGUCUGCACCGUCCAGCAGCAGCUCUGCGCCGUCCUCGUCGUCUGCGCCGUCCAGCAGCAGCUCCGCGCCGUCUUCGUCGUCUGCGCCGUCCAGCAGCAGCUCUGCGCCGUCUUCGUCGUCUGCGCCGUCCAGCAGCAGCUCCGCGCCGUCCUCGUUGUCCGCACCGUCCAGCAGCAGCUCUGCGCCGUCUUCGUCGUCUGCGCCGUCCAGCAGCAGCUCUGCGCCGUCCUCGUCGUCUGCGCCGUCCAGCAGCAGCUCCGCGCCGUCCUCGUCGUCUGCGCCGUCCAGCAGCAGCUCCGCGCCGUCCUCGUCGUCUGCACCGUCCAGCAGCAGCUCUGCGCCGUCUUCGUCGUCUGCGCCGUCUUCGUCGUCUGCGCCGUCCAGCAGCAGCUCUGCGCCGUCCUCGUCGUCUGCACCGUCCAGCAGCAGCUCCGCGCCGUCUUCGUCGUCCGCGCCGUCCAGCAGCAGCUCUGCGCCGUCUUCUUCGUUCGCGCCGUCCAGCAGCAGCUCCGCGCCGUCCUCGUCGUCUGCGCCGUCCAGCAGCAGCUCCGCGCCGUCUUCGUCGUCUGCGCCGUCCAGCAGCAGCUCUGCGCCGUCUUCGUCGUCUGCGCCGUCCAGCAGCAGCUCCGCGCCGUCCUCGUCGUCCGCACCGUCCAGCAGCAGCUCUGCGCCGUCUUCGUCGUCUGCGCCGUCCAGCAGCAGCUCUGCGCCGUCCUCGUCGUCUGCGCCGUCCAGCAGCAGCUCCGCGCCGUCUUCGUCGUCUGCGCCGUCCAGCAGCAGCUCUGCGCCGUCCUCGUCGUCUGCGCCGUCCAGCAGCAGCUCCGCGCCGUCUUCGUCGUCUGCGCCGUCCAGCAGCAGCUCCGCGCCGUCCUCGUCGUCUGCACCGUCCAGCAGCAGCUCCGCGCCGUCUUCGUCGUCCGCGCCGUCCAGCAGCAGCUCUGCGCCGUCCUCGUCGUCUGCGCCGUCCAGCAGCAGCUCCGCGCCGUCCUCGUCGUCUGCACCGUCCAGCAGCAGCUCUGCGCCGUCCUCGUCGUCUGCGCCGUCCAGCAGCAGCUCCGCGCCGUCUUCGUCGUCUGCGCCGUCCAGCAGCAGCUCUGCGCCGUCUUCGUCGUCUGCGCCGUCCAGCAGCAGCUCCGCGCCGUCCUCGUCGUCUGCACCGUCCAGCAGCAGCUCUGCGCCGUCUUCGUCGUCUGCGCCGUCCAGCAGCAGCUCUGCGCCGUCCUCGUCGUCUGCACCGUCCAGCAGCAGCUCUGCGCCGUCUUCGUCGUCUGCGCCGUCUUCGUCGUCUGCGCCGUCCAGCAGCAGCUCUGCGCCGUCCUCGUCGUCUGCACCGUCCAGCAGCAGCUCUGCGCCGUCCUCGUCGUCUGCACCGUCCAGCAGCAGCUCCGCGCCGUCCUCGUCGUCUGCGCCGUCCAGCAGCAGCUCCGCGCCGUCUUCGUCGUCUGCGCCGUCCAGCAGCAGCUCUGCGCCGUCCUCGUCGUCUGCGCCGUCCAGCAGCAGCUCCGCGCCGUCCUCGUCGUCUGCGCCGUCCAGCAGCAGCUCCGCGCCGUCUUCGUCGUCUGCGCCGUCCAGCAGCAGCUCCGCGCCGUCCUCGUCGUCUGCGCCGUCCAGCAGCAGCUCUGCGCCGUCUUCGUCGUCCGCGCCGUCCAGCAGCAGCUCUGCGCCGUCCUCGUCGUCUGCGCCGUCCAGCAGCAGCUCCGCGCCGUCCUCGUCGUCUGCACCGUCCAGCAGCAGCUCUGCGCCGUCCUCGUCGUCUGCACCGUCCAGCAGCAGCUCUGCGCCGUCCUCGUCGUCUGCGCCGUCCAGCAGCAGCUCCGCGCCGUCCUCGUCGUCUGCACCGUCCAGCAGCAGCUCUGCGCCGUCCAACAGCAACUCUGCGGCGUCCUCGUCGUCUGCACCGUUCAAGAUCAGCUUUGCGCCGACCUCGUUGUCUGCGCCGUCCAGCAGCAGCUCCGCGCCGUCCUCGUAGUCUGCGCCGUCCAGGAGGAGCUCUGCGUCGUCUUCGUCGUCCGCGCCGUCCAGCAGCAGCUCCGCGCCGUCCUCGUCGUCUGCGCCGUCCAGCAGCAGCUCUGCGCCGUCCUCGUCGUCUGCGCCGUCCAGCAGCAGCUCUGCGCCGUCCUCGUCGUCUGCGCCGUCCAGCAGCAGCUCUGCGCCGUCCUCGUCGUCCGCGCCGUCCAGCAGCAGCUCUGCGCCGUCUUCGUCGUCCGCACCGUCCAGCAGCAGCUCUGCGCCGUCCUCGUCGUCCGCGCCGUCCAGCAGCAGCUCUGCGCCGUCCUCGUCGUCCGCGCCGUCCAGCAGCAGCUCCGCGCCGUCCUCGUCGUCCGCGCCGUCCAGCAGCAGCUCUGCGCCGUCCUCGUCGUCUGCGCCGUCCAGCAGCAGCUCUGCGCCGUCCUCGUCGUCUGCGCCGUCCAGCAGCAGCUCUGCGCCGUCCUCGUCGUCUGCGCCGUCCAGCAGCAGCUCUGCGCCGUCCUCGUCGUCUGCACCGUCCAGCAGCAGCUCUGCGCCGUCUUCGUCGUCUGCGCCGUCCAGCAGCAGCUCUGCGCCGUCUUCGUCGUCCGCGCCGUCCAGCAGCAGCUCUGCGCCGUCUUCGUCGUCUGCGCCGUCCAGCAGCAGCUCCGCGCCGUCCUCGUCGUCCGCUCCGUCCAGCAGCGACAGCGAUGGCGCGUGCCACAGCGAUGUUCCUUAUUACACGCCUGCGCAGGUGCAGCAUAGCAUGCGCUUUCUCUCCGGAUUUUCGGAGUCGUUUGCGGAUGCGAGUGACACCUGGAAGUGCCCGAAUUUCUGCGCAUGGGCGGGUGUGACGUGUAAGCCGGAGGGGUUUUUGUUUGAGCUUGCCGGCGUGGUCACGUCGGGCUCGCUACCGAUGGUACCCGCUGACUGCGACGCUCGGGAAGUCCCUGUUUUGAGUAUCAGCGCCGGUGGUGCGGAGGGUGGCGUGACUUUGAAGGGCUCGUUACCGUCGUCGUGGAGUGGGUUGCUGUCUCUCCUCAACCUGGAUUUCUCCUACACGGGCGUCAGUGGUGUGGCUCCGUCGGAGUGGUCGGCCUUGGUGAACCUGAAAAAGUUGAAUCUUGGCUACAAUAAGUUGAGUGGUGAACUUCCGGCGGAGUGGAACGGCAUGGCGGCCAUAGAGGAGCUGUAUCUGAACGACAACCAGUUCACUGGCAGGCUGCCCUUUGAAUGGUACAGUCUGGCGAACCUUAAAAUCCUCGAUCUCUCCAACAACCCGAUGGGCGACUCCGUGCCCGGCUUCAUCGUUUCACUCUCCCGCUCACUCGACGUCGCAGCCAUGCGCAAGCAGCUGUUGGCGGUGAGGAAGUAA